AUGACUUCACUCGUUGAAAUCGACUCGCUGGAAAUCUUAGUCAUCGUCGAUAACGAAGUUGAUCCUAUAUCCUCAUACCAGCACCCGGAUCUAAAGGUCUCCGGACAAUUGGCGGAUGUCGCUUCAAGGGCUCCCCUUCAGGAUGGAACCAGAGGCGGCUCGAGAUUCGAGAUUCGCCUCGACAAUGUCUGCUGCGGUGCUCAUGGCUUGUCGCUGAUGAUUACAGCCAUCAAAGGGGACAAGCGCCAUACUGUCCUUUUCGAUACUGCCCCGGAAGAACAAAUCUGGGAACUCAAUGCAAAGCGCUUGAGAGCAGAUCUCAGCUCGAUCGAAAGGAUUCAUUUGUCCCAUUGGCACCGUGAUCAUUCCGGAGGCAUGUUGAAAGCAAUUUCCAUGAUAAAUGAGGCAAAAGGGAGUAGAGGCAUUCUAGUUGAUCUUCAUCCGCAUCGACCGACAUAUCGAGGCUUUUUGGGCCCGGCCGGUCCAGUCUCAUUGGAGAGAGAUCCCACGUUUGAAGAGAUCGAGUCUGCUGGGGCCAAAAUAGAGAAAAAUGACCAAGCGCACACGAUACUCGAGGAUAUGUUCCUUGUCUCGGGAGAAAUUCCUCGGGUUACCCCGUAUGAAAAAGGCUUCCAGCGUGGGAUGAGAUUCAACCCCGAGAGCGGCAGCUGGGAAAGUGACGAGUUAAUCUUGGAUGAAAGAUUCCUCAUGUGUAAUGUGAAAGGGAAAGGCAUCGUAGUUUUCACCGGAUGUAGCCACGCAGGCGUGGUGAAUGUGGUCAAGAAUGCUUUGCAGCUGGCCGGCGGAACUGUUCCCUUGCUUGCAGUGGUCGGCGGAUACCAUCUUGUGGGACCAAAUGAAGCGUAUGUGCAGGACACCGUUGCAGACUUGAAGGCCUUCCACCCUCGCGUCUUGAUGCCAGGACAUUGCUCGGGUUGGAGGGCGAAGUACGAGAUAGAAAGGGUAAUGCCCGGAAGGCUAGCCCCGUCGACCGUUGGCACACAGUUCGUGCUGUAG